CCCGGCCAGCCGCGGCUAGUGGAGGUCUCCGGACGCACCGGCAUGUUUCGGCUGCUUCGCUGGCGUCUGGGUCGAACCCUGCUGCGGGCCGCGGGCCGGCGGUGCGGGGGCUGUACGGCGCGCCUGCUGCCGGAGCGGGCGGGCGACACGGGGCCGGGCACGGAGCGGCUGCGGACCCGAGGUGCGCCGGCGCGGGGACACGGAGUGCUGCCGCUGUUGGCAGCGCUUGCCUGGUUCUCGCGACCCGCGGCGGCGGCAGAGCAGCCAGGAGAGGACGCGACAGACGAGGCGGAGGCCGAGAUCAUCCAGCUGCUGAAGCGAGCCAAGUUGAGCAUCAUGAAAGAUGAGCCAGAAGCGGCUGAGCUGAUUUUGCAUGAUGCUCUUCGCCUUGCGUAUGAGAGUGACAACAGGAAGGCCAUCACGUACACUUACGACUUGAUGGCCAACUUAGCAUUUAUUCGAGGGCAGCUUGAAAACGCAGAACAGCUUUUUAAAGCAACAAUGAGUUCCCUGCUUGGAGGGGGCAUGAAGCAGGAAGACAAUGCGAUAAUUGAAAUCUCUCUGAAACUGGCCAAUAUCUAUGCUGCUCAGAAUAAACAGGAGUUUGCCCUUGCUGGCUAUGAAUUCUGCAUUUCAACUCUAGAGGGAAAAAUUGAAAGAGAAAAGGAAUUAGCAGAAGAUAUUAUGUCAGAAGAAACAGCGAAUACUUACCUCCUCCUUGGCAUGUGCUUAGACUCUUGUGCACGCUACCUGCUAUUCUCCAGGCAGCUAUCACAGGCACAAAGGAUGUAUGAGAAAGCCCUGCAGAUUUGUCAAGAAAUACAAGGAGAAAGACACCCACAGACUAUUGUGCUGAUGAGUGACUUGGCUACUACACUGGAUGCACAGGGCCACUUUGAUGAUGCCUACAUUUACAUGCAGAGGGCAUCCGAUCUGGCAAGAGAGAUUAGCCACCCUGAGCUGCACAUGGUCCUCAGCAAUCUGGCUGCCAUCUUGAUACACAGAGAACGAUACACACAAGCAAAGGAGAUCUACCAGGAGGCGCUGAAGCAAGCAGAGCUGAAAAGAGAUGAGGUUUCUGUUCAGCACAUCAGGGAAGAAUUGGCUGAGCUGUCAAGAAAAAGUAGACUUUUGACUUAAUUUUGUUAAGCUAUACAAGUUCAUUUUGUUGUAGAGAGGGUAACCUCUGAUAACCCAAAGGAGUAACUUGUUCCUUCGUUGUCUGGACCUCAAUCAGUGGUGUAAAUCAUUGUUGAAAUUCAACGUUCUUCAACUCGGCUUUGGUGAAGGACAAGUCGAAUACACUGCCACUUUGUUUCUAAAUUCCUUUUCCUUUGAGAUGGGCAUCUCUAUGUGUAGGCUGGCCUGGAAAUUGUAUGCUUGAAGUUGGCUUCCAACUUGGAGUACUCCUCCCUUAGCUUCGAAAGUGCCUGGCCCUGCUUUUGUUUUUAAAAGGUGAAACAGCUUUUACCCUGUUCUGACUGUAUAUAAGGUGGAGUCCAUGCACAUCUGAGAAAAAUUAUAGACCACAGUUGGCCAAGUUCCCCAUGGAAUGGUUAUUAUACCUUCCAUAAAAUUUUGAUUCAUGCUUACUCUUCUCUAUCCAUCUCUGGCAAGCAAGUUACUUGUAUCACGACACAGGAGGAUUUUGGUGAGUUCUCUCUCGUACAUACUGUUUUAUUGAAGCAUUGUGAGACUUAAUGACUAUGAGGGGGAUGAUAAUUCUAGUUGGCCACCAUUAGGCAGCAUUCAUUUCUAAAGUGGCAGUGAGACACUUGGACUGCAUACCUGUUCAUAUGAAAUUACUAAAAACGGUGGUGGCAGAAGGAAUGAAGCCCUCAUCAGCGCUGUCUGACCACUGGGCUUCCUUUAUAACCACAGGCACAGAGUGGAGUCAAGUCAUGCUGGCAGCACAGAUGUGCUCCGUGGCAUUGUGCAACCACUGACCUGGGUCCUAUUUAGCUCCACCUUUUUAUUUUGCCAUCUCUGUUUUCACAGCUGUGAAGUGUGAAACCAAUUAGAGUGCUUGAUAACUCCAUCACUGCCUGGAUGCUUUUACCUUUGCAAUCUAACAAAUGGCCUUUUGCCUAAGAGUUUUUCUGGGUACCACAAAGGAUCCCCGGUGGUGUUGGCAUGCCCGUGGAGGUGGGCAGUGUAAGUAGGAUUGCCAGUGGACUUUGGUUCAUGCAUUUGUACUGGUAUGAAUCCUCAUAAUAAACUAGAGACUACAUAAUAUUUUAUGUAUUCUAAUAAUCUUUGAGUCAUAGAAAACUAAUGGCCAAGUUAAUAGAUGGACAUACUAAGGUUCAGAUCCUUGGGAAGAGCCCCACCUUCUGUUUGAGCUCAUCUACCGUGCACUUCCUAGAUAACCCCAUGUGAUCCUGCUAACCAUGAAUAACCAGAUUAAGAGUUCAGUCUCCUUUUGCUUUGAAAAUGUUUUUACUUUUUCAUAAUUCCAGAGUUACCCAAGUUAGGUGUUAGGCUUUUUUAAUGUUACAUGGUGACUGAUCUCAUGUCCUGUGGCUGGGGACAUGGUCUGUGGUGUGUUCCCAGCAGCAUUCAUUUGCACUGUUAAAGAAAGGCAGUGAGACAAAGGGACUCAUCUCCUUUUACUGAUUACAACUUUGAACAAUUUACAUUUAAUUUCAUACUGAAGUUUUAAACUAUACCAUGUUACUAGGGUUUUCAGGGCUUAAGUGUAUGUUAGACAAUCACAGCAUAUGAAAAUUUAAAGUGUAGUAUAAAAUUUCUCACUAAAUAGACUGGAAAAUUGUCAGAAUAUUACCUCUGCUGGAAGACCUUGAUUUAGUUGCAUGUGCAUGUGUUACAGAUAUAGUGCUGGCCCACAACAAACACCACACCUUGAUUUGCAGCUGACGUCCUAGACUCAGUACUUAUUUCUGCCCUUAGUAUCACAGUAAGACGACCUCCACUUCUCUAGGUAAACUUUGUGAGGAAAUGAUUCUGGAUUUCAUGUUGUAUUGUCCUGAACAUGGCACAGUCUUCAGGAGGAGCUACAAGAGUAGAAAACAAGCUAGGCUGACUGGUCCUUAGAUGAACCCAACCUGAAACACAGUAAGACAGGGUCAGUCAUCUUUUUUGAGGCCAGCUGACAAAGUGACUUACUAAGGUCUAGACUGUAACUUGGCAGGGAGGCACCUUCAGCAGUAAACCUAACCAGAACACUUAGUCUUUAUUAUGUUUGUGACUUUGUAAAGGUAAUGACAAGUGAUAAGAAUCCUGUUCUGGCUGGCCCAGAACUCAUCUUGUAAUCCAGGCUAGCCUUGUAGUCUUAAGUGAUCUGUCUGCCUCUGCCUCCUGAGUGCUGGGAUUAAAGGUAUGUGCUAUGAUGCAUAGCUAAAGUUGAA